AAAUUUACAAAGCACCCCUCCCACACAGUUGCUGGAUGGGCCAACUUCUGGCCAGAGCUUUGAGCCUGAGUGUCCUGACCCUCCAGCUAUGAUGGGAGCCCAACGGGAGCAAGCUCAGAAGCCCAGCUUGCGGGUCCAGAACCUGUUUAAGAGGGUCAAGGCCUUCUUCACCAAAACCGGUCCCCCAGCCCCACCCCCAGCCCCCUCCCGGAACCUGGGCUGUACCCAUGUAUACGGGUACGUGUUUGGGCACCUGGGGGAAAGAGAACCGGAGCAUCCCCCAUCACAGCAGGUGCUGGAUACAGGGGAGCAGCUGAUGGUCCCCAUGGAUGUCCUGGAAGUGGAUAAUGAGGGAGCCUUGUGGAAGUUCCUCCUCUCAGGAGCCAUGGCUGGGGCAGUGUCUCGCACGGGCACGGCCCCCCUGGACCGUGCCAAGGUGUAUAUGCAGGUCUACUCCUCCAAGAAGAAUUUCAUGAAUCUGCUGGGAGGUCUCCGAAGCUUGAUCCAGGAAGGGGGCAUCCGUUCACUGUGGAGGGGCAAUGGUAUCAACGUGCUCAAGAUUGCUCCAGAGUACGCCAUCAAGUUCUCUGUCUUCGAACAGUGUAAAAACUACUUCUGCGGAGUGCACGAGUCCCCACCCUUUCAGGAACGUCUCCUUGCUGGCUCUCUGGCUGUGGCCACUUCCCAGACGCUCAUCAACCCCAUGGAGGUGCUGAAGACGCGGCUGACCCUGCGCCGGACUGGCCAGUACAAGGGGCUGCUGGACUGUGCCAGGCAGAUCCUGGAGCAGGAGGGCACCCGCGCCCUUUACCGCGGGUACCUCCCCAACAUGCUCGGCAUCAUCCCGUAUGCCUGCACCGACCUGGCCGUCUAUGAGAUGCUCAGGUGUCUUUGGCUGAAGUCAGGCAAGGACAUGAAGGACCCUAGUGGCCUGGUCAGUCUGUCGUCUGUGACACUGUCCACCACUUGUGGACAAAUGGCCAGUUACCCGCUGACUUUGGUGCGCACCAGGAUGCAAGCCCAAGACACUGUGGAGGGUUCGAACCCCACCAUGUGUGGAGUCUUCCGGAGGAUCCUGGCCCAGCAGGGCUGGCCAGGGCUAUACCGAGGCAUGACCCCCACAUUACUGAAGGUGUUGCCUGCAGGCGGCAUCAGCUACGUGGUGUAUGAAGCCAUGAAGAAGACCCUGGGAGUAUAAGCAGUGAACUAGGCAACAUACCCUGGGCAAAAAUGGAAGGGAAGAUCCAGUGUCCCCUGGCCCCAAAGGGCCUUCCAGGCUCGGGACCAAGGGCAGAUUUGUCAGGAGAAGCAGGCUGGUUGCCUGGGUCAGAAAAUUCCUGGUGCCUCCUCUCCUGGGUGCAGCCUGGGACUAGUCUGGACUCCAGUUUGGCUUGCUGCGACUUGUCCUGAUUCCAUGGCAAAAGGGUGAAUGUGGAGACAAUGAGGAAUAAACAGAUGGUUUCUGCUG